ACUUGAGCAUAAAAGCUUUAUCUCGAUCUUAUUCUUCUCUUAAAGUGCUGGUGGGGGUAUAAACAUAAAGCUUAUAUCUGCAAAAUCAGCAUACCUCCUAUUUCAUCAUCAGGGCUUCUUAUUACUGUACCCCAUGAUCCCAUCAAUCAUCCCUUUUAUAUAUUUCCCUCUGGUCCUCUCCAUCUUAUCUGCAAUAACAAAAAUAACCACCACAUAAAAUAAUUCACUUGGGAACUAUUUUUAAUGGCUCCUCAGAAAUUUAUUAUCCUUGUUUUGUUCUUCCUCGCCAUUUGCAGCUUUUGUCAAGGGACUAUAAAUGACCAGUCUCAGUUCUUUGCUCUUUUGAAGAAGUCUGUCACUGGGAACUCCUUGUCUGAUUGGGAUGGCAAACCUAUUUGCAACUUUAGUGGCGUUGGUUGUGAUGAUCAGGGGAAUGUUAUCAAGAUUGAUCUUUUCGGAUGGUCGCUAUCUGGCCUAUUUCCUGAUGAUGUGUGCUCUUUUUUCCCAGGGUUGCGAAUUCUUCGUCUUGGUAACAACAACUUCCAGGGUGCCUUCCCUAGCAAUAUUACUAAUUGCUCUCACCUGGAAGAGGUGAAUAUGGUUUCUACAUCCUUUACAGGACCAUUGCCAGACUUGUCUCCUUUGCGAUCUUUGAGGUUGCUUAACCUUUCAUAUAACCACUUCACGGGUGAAUUUCCUUUGUCAAUUAUCAACCUCACCAGUCUAGAGCUGCUUGAUCUCAAUGAAAAUCAUGAUUUCAUUCCAUGGCAACUGCCAGAGGAUAUUUCAAGGUUGACUAAAAUCCGGUGGAUGAUCUUAACUGCUUGCAAGUUACAUGGAACAAUCCCAGCAUCGAUAGGAAAUAUGACGUCUCUUGUAGAUCUUGAAUUGAGCGAGAAUCGCUUAACUGGUCGGAUUCCAAGAGAGCUGGGGCAGCUGAAGAAGUUGAAAAUGCUUGAACUUUACUACAACCAACUUGAGGGUGAAAUACCUGAGGAGCUCGGAAAUCUGACUGAACUUGUAGAUUUGGAUAUGUCAGUCAACAGAUUGACAGGCAAAAUUCCAGAAUCUAUAUGCCGCCUACCAAAGCUGCAAGUGUUGCAGAUAUAUAACAACACUAUUUCAGGAGACUUUCCAGCCUCCCUUGCAAACUCGACCACCCUAACCAUCCUAUCACUUUAUGAUAAUUACCUGACAGGAGAAAUCCCACAUAAUUUUGGUGUUUCAUCAGCUUUGCUUGCAUUGGACUUGUCAGAAAAUGAAUUAUCUGGAGAAUUACCAGCUCAGCUGUGUCACGGAGGUAAGUUGAUGUACAUUCUUUUACUCCAAAACAUGUUCUCAGGAGAAUUGCCGGAAAGCUAUGCAAAAUGUGAGACUCUCUUCCGAUUCCGAGUUAGUUACAAUCUUUUGCGGGGAAGACUACCAGAAAUGCUUCUAGCUCUUCCACAUGUUUCAAUUAUUGACGUGAGCUAUAACAAUUUAACUGGUUCAAUCCCCACAACCAUUGGAAAGGCUAAUAAUUUGUCGGAGCUGUUCAUGCAGAGUAACAGGCUUUCUGGAACACUUCCUCCUGAAAUUUCAACAACUACCAAUCUAGUGAAGAUUGACCUCAGCAAUAACCUCUUGUCUGGACCCAUUCCUCCAGAAAUUGGUAGCCUUAAAAGACUCAAUUUAUUGAUCUUACAAGGUAAUAAGUUAACUUCCUCCAUUCCUGAGACUCUUUCUUCACUUAACUCUCUCAAUUAUCUUGACCUGUCAAACAAUUUUUUGACGGGUAAGAUUCCUGAAAGCCUCGGUGCACUGCUACCAAAUUCCAUGAAUUUCUCAAACAAUUUGCUUUCUGGUCCUGUACCUCCCUUAUUUAUAACGGGAGGUGUCCUGGAAAGUUUUUCUGGCAAUCAAGGACUCUGUGUUCCCUCUUUUCUGAGUUCAUCUGGUAAAGAUUUUCCUCUAUGCCCACAAAAUUAUGACCGGAAGAAAAGAAACUUUUUUUGGGUUAUCGGGAUAUCCUUGGGAAUUGUAAUUCUUGGACUCGUGUUAUUUCUCAAGAGAUGGCUUCGUAAUAAAAGGAAGGUGAUGGAACACGAGGAUUCCUUGUCGUCAUCGUCAUUUUUCACCUAUGAUGUUAAGAGUUUCCAUCGCUUAAGUUUUGAUGAACGUGAAAUUUUUGAAGCCAUGAUUGAGAAAAACAUUGUUGGAUAUGGAGGGUCUGGAGCUGUCUAUAAGAUUGACUUAAGUAAUGGAGGAGUUGUUGCUGUAAAGAAGCUCUGGAGUCAUAAACACAAGCAGUACUCUCUUUUAGAGAAUAAACUAUUUUUGGACAAGGAACUUAAAACAGAGGUUGAAACUCUUGGUAACAUAAGGCACAACAACAUUGUGAAGUUAUACUGCUAUUUCUCUAAUUUGGACUGUAGUUUGUUGGUUUACGAGUACAUGCCAAAUGGGAACCUUGGCGAUGCUCUUCAUGGAGGAAAAGUCCUUUUGGAUUGGCCGACUCGUCAUCAGAUUGCAUUGGGGAUAGCACAAGGUUUGGCCUAUCUUCACCAUGAUAUUUUGCCGCCAAUCAUUCACAGAGACAUCAAAUCCACCAACAUCCUCCUCGACAUUGAUUACCAGCCAAAGGUCGCGGAUUUUGGAAUAGCCAAAGUCUUGCAAGCCAAAGGAGGGAAAGAUUGCACUACCACAGUUAUUGCAGGGACAUAUGGUUACUUGGCUCCAGAAUACGCAUAUUCUUCCAAGGCGACCACAAAAUGUGAUGUUUAUAGUUUUGGAGUUGUUUUAAUGGAACUGAUCACGGGGAAGAAGCCAGUUGAGCGAGAAUUUGGGGAGAAUAAGAACAUUGUCUGCUGGGUUUCAACUAAGGUGGACACAAAAGAAGGAGCAUUUGAAGUCUUAGACAAAAAAAUCUCAGGGCCAUUCAAGGAAGAGAUGAUUAAGGUGCUUCGGAUUGCAAUAGGUUGUACGUAUAGUUCACCAGCCUUUCGUCCUACCAUGAAUGAAGUUGUUCAAAUGCUAACUGAGGCAGAACCUCGCAAAUACGAUUGCUGCAAAUUGCCACAUAAGAACAAACACUCAGAGAAUGUCACAAAGGACAUACCCAAUUUGUGAUUUUAGGAAUUUUGAUUAGCGGAUAUAUAGAACAUAGCUAACUGUCCUGGUCUAAGAGAACCAGCCUCUUUGUUUUUCUAACAAAAAGUAGCAGUAACGGAUAGGUUCUCUUUACACAUAUGUAUAUUGGCCUUUUCAUUUUCUUUUGCUUUUUAUUUUUGGCCUGUUGUAAGCAUUAUAAUAAUGCAUUAUAAUGGAUAUAUGCAUAUACUCCAUCUGUUUCAAUUUA